UUAUCAGUGCACGCGCUCAGGUAGAGGGGAGCGGAGGACAGCUGACUUUCUCUGGGUACAGCUCACUAAUAGACGCUCCCCUUUCAGCUUCAUCCCAAUACUUCACAAUCUUCUUCCAGUCUCCAAAGGUGAGAACAGGUCUACUGUGUCGGAAGCGGGAUUUUUGGGACCAAGCCCUAUUUCUACUUAAAAGAAAACAAGCCUGAGAGAAGAAGACAUGGACAGAGAAAGACACAUGAAGAGAAAAGCGACUACAGAGAGGAAAUAAGCUUCACACGAUCACAAGGCGAAGAGUCUGCAGAGGGAAUAGGAGCAGGAUGGGGAUGGAUUUCAGCACCCUUCGGACUCUCAUCAACCGAUAUUGUGCUGGUGAGGAGAACUGUGUAGACACCAGGACAGUUUACAUUGGACAUAAGCAGCCUCCUCCAGGAACCGAGGCCUUCAUACAGCAAAGGUUUCCAGACAACAGAAUAGUCUCUUCCAAGUACACUUUUUGGAACUUCAUCCCCAAGAACAUGUUUGAGCAAUUCAGAAGAGUGGCCAACUUCUACUUUCUCAUCAUUUUUCUAGUUCAGUUGAUCAUCGACACGCCCACAAGUCCAAUCACCAGCGGUCUGCCGCUCUUCUUCGUCAUCAUAGUGACGGCCAUUAAACAGGGCUAUGAGGACUGGUUGAGACAUAAAGCAGACAACUCUGUCAACAAAUGUCCUGUCCACGUGGUGGAGCAUGGGAAAGUGGUCCGCAAACAGAGUCGCAAGCUAAGGGUUGGAGACGUGGUGUUCGUGGAAGAAGACGAGGUCUUCCCGUGCGAUCUCAUACUGCUUUCCUCGUCUCGGGACGAUGGGACGUGUUAUGUUACAACAGCUAGCCUGGAUGGAGAGAGCAGCCACAAAACAUACCAUGCAGUGCAAGACACCAAAGCCUACAAAACGGAGGAGGAGGUCAACUGCAUCCAUGCAACUAUAGACUGUGAACAGCCGCAGCCAGACCUGUACAAAUUUAGGGGCAACAUCAACAUUUACAUGGGAAGUGAGCCUGUGUCCAGGUCUUUAGCUUCUCAGAACUUGCUGCUUCGUGGAGCAACACUGAAAAACACUCAAUAUAUUUAUGGUGUUGCUAUCUACACUGGCAUGGAAACCAAGAUGGCUCUCAACUACCAGUCCAAGUCCCAGAAGCGAUCUGCGGUGGAAAAGUCAAUGAAUGCCUACCUGGUGGUUUACCUGUGCAUCCUCAUCAGCAAAGCCAUCAUCAACACGGCGAUGAAGUACGUGUGGCAGGCCGACCCCAACAGAGACGAGCCGUUUUACAACGGGAAAACUGAGACAGAGAGGCAAAGACAUGUUCUGAUCAGGGCGUUCACAGACUUCUUAGCCUUCAUGGUGCUUUUCAACUACAUCAUCCCUGUAUCCAUGUACGUCACGGUGGAGAUGCAGAAGUUCCUGGGCUCUUAUUUUAUCAUGUGGGACGACGAGAUGUUUGACGAGGAGCUGAGAGAGAGGGCUGUAGUCAACACGUCUGACCUCAAUGAGGAGCUUGGACAGGUGGAGUAUGUAUUCACAGACAAGACGGGGACUCUGACAGAGAACAAUAUGGAGUUUAUAGAGUGCUGUGUGGACGGAAACGUUUACGUACCUCAUGUCAUCUGUAACGGACAGGUGAUGCCCGGUGCUUCUGGUAUCGAUAUGAUCGACACAUCGCCGGGGCCUGACGCCAGGGAGCGUGAGGAGCUGUUUUUCCGGGCGUUGUGUUUGUGCCACACGGUGCAGGUGAAAGAGGAGGAGACGGUAGAUGGGAUCAAGCAUGGAAUCCACCAGGGGAAGUCCUCCUCCUUCUACAUAUCAUCCUCUCCUGAUGAGGUGGCGCUGGUGGAGGGCAUGAAGAGGCUCGGUUUCACCUAUCUGCGCCUCAAGGACGGUCAUAUGGAGAUCUUAAACAGGGAGGAUGAGAUAGAGAGGUUUGAGCUCUUAGAAGUUUUGACUUUUGACUCGGUGAGACGGAGGAUGAGCGUUAUCGUCAGAUCCAGCAAGGGUGAGCUGUAUCUGUUCUGCAAAGGAGCCGAUUCCUCCAUCUUCCCCAGAGUUAUCUCAGGAAAGGUGGAGCAGGUGAAAGCAAGGGUGGAGCGCAAUGCAGUGGAGGGGCUGAGGACGCUUUGUGUCGCUUAUCGGCCUCUGAGUACUGAGCAGUACGAGCAGGUUUGCCACCUGCUGACGAGGGCGAAGUUGGAGUUCCAGGAUCAGGACAAACUGGUGGCCGAGGCUUACGACCUCAUUGAGAGAGACCUCAUCCUGCUGGGAGCCACUGCUGUGGAGGACAGAUUGCAGGAAAAAGCUGCAGAUACAAUAGAGUCUCUCCAUAAGGCAGGUAUGAAGGUGUGGGUUCUGACCGGGGACAAGAUGGAGACAGCGGCUGCAACCUGCUACGCCAGCAAGCUGUUUCGCCGCAGCACCCAGAUCCUGGAGCUCACCACUAAGCGGACAGAAGAGCAGAGCCUCCAUGACGUCCUGUUUGAGCUGAGCAGGACGGUCCUCCGGCAUUAUGGAGCAAUGCCCCGCGACACAUCUUCUGGUUUGUCUGGUGAAUAUACCGACUACGGCCUGAUAAUCGAUGGAGCCACCCUCUCUGCUGUAAUGAGGCCCAGCCAGGAGGACUCAAACUCAGGGAAUUACAAAGAGAUCUUCCUGGAAAUCUGUCGUAACUGCAGCGCAGUGCUCUGCUGCCGAAUGGCUCCUCUUCAGAAAGCACAGAUCGUAAAAAUGAUCAAAGCUUCCAAAGAGCAUCCGAUCACCCUCGCCAUUGGAGACGGUGCAAAUGAUGUCAGCAUGAUCCUGGAGGCUCACGUUGGCAUCGGUAUUAUGGGUAAGGAGGGUCGGCAGGCAGUAAGAAACAGUGACUACGCUAUCCCAAAGUUUAAACACCUCAAAAAGAUGCUGCUUGUCCAUGGACACUAUUACUAUAUACGCAUCUCUGAACUUGUGCAAUACUUCUUUUACAAGAAUGUAUGUUUCAUCUUUCCUCAGUUCCUCUACCAGUUCUUCUGUGGAUUCUCUCAGCAGCCACUGUAUGACACAGCUUACUUGACGCUCUACAACAUUAGCUUCACAUCGCUGCCCAUCCUGCUCUACAGCCUCAUGGAGCAGCACAUUAACAUGGAAAUCCUGAAAAAGGAGCCGUCGCUAUAUAGAGAUAUCGCCAAAAACUCGUUGCUAACGUGGCCCAUCUUUAUUUACUGGACUGUCCUGGGUGUGUAUGAUGCCAUUGUGAUGUUCUUUGGUGCUUACUUCUUGUUUGACAACACCACCUUCACCAGCAAUGGACAGAUGUUUGGAAACUGGACGUUUGGGACGCUGGUCUUUACCGUUCUCGUUUUCACCGUUACAUUCAAGUUGGCUCUCGAUACUCAUUACUGGACGUGGAUCAACCAUUUUGUCAUCUGGGGUUCACUUGUCUUCUUUGUUGUCUUCUCUCUGCUGUGGGGAGGAAUUAUUUGGCCUUUCCUCAACUACCAGCGAAUGUACUACGUGUUCAUGCAGAUGCUGUCCAGCGGUCCGGCCUGGCUCAGUAUUAUCCUGCUGAUCACGGCCAGCCUGCUGCCAGAUGUGGUGAAAAAAGUGUUCUGGAGGUCGCUAUGGCCCACAACUACUGAACAAAUACAGAAUGCUGAUAAGCUCUACAAGGGCCACCUGUCGGAGUUCACCCCCUUGGCGGUUCUCCACCCUCCACCCAAGGUCGACAGCCACCAGCGAGGCUCUGAAAACCAAAGGAAGGCCCUGAACCCACGAAGGUCUGAAACCCCAAACAGCAAAGUCAUGUUCACACGCUGGCAAAGAAAGCCAGACUACUGCACCUUCUCUCCCCUGCAGUGGAGUCCGUACAAUGGGGCAGGAACGGAGACAUCUGUCUAAUUUAUUAUUAUUUUUUUUUUAUAAAUAAAAAAAAAAAAAAAUAAAAAAAAAGAACUAUAUGGAGUUAAAGUGAGAAAAGAAGUUUGGAUAAGCCGGAGUUGGACAUCGGGUGGUAUUCCUGACGUCAAGUCGCCGCUCGCUGUAAACGGGACGGGUUCCUAGCCACAAAGCCUCAUUUGCCGCCAUGACUUGCAAAGGGCUCAGUGUAUUUAUGUCACAAAAAAUUCAAACAAAGACUCAAGAACUGUGAUUUGACACUAACAUACAUGCGCUAGCCCUUUACUAAUGUCUGCCUUCAGAAGCAGCUGAAGUGUACUUUAACUGUUAUUCCUUUUAAUUGUUUUAUGUAGUGACACUGGGAUUAGAAUGAUGAUGAAUCAUCUCAUUUUCUUGUCUUCAGCUCCUUCAUCUCCUUCUCUCUCCUCUCUACCCCAAUCUGCCUGUCUUCAGGAAUAACUACUGUUGGCACGGUGCGAACAUGUUGUCCAGAAACUCUCCCUAGGCUCUGCGCUCAGAUCCUACGGCAUUGUAAGGAGGCGUGUAGCAGAGGAGGAAAGCCUGAAUGAUGGAAGAUCAGUUGGUUCUAGUUUAGCUUUCUGAUGUGCAAAUGAUUAAAAAAAAAAAGACCAGCUUUGACUCCUCUUUCAAGCUUUCCUUCCACCUGUAGGUAUUGUUGUCUGUUCUAUGAGAUAGAUGAUUGUGUAUUUAUAAAAUGCUCUAUAUUUGGCUGUUUUGGGCUUUAGGAAUUAGAGAUGCACCAUUCAGGCUUUAUCUGGCAGACUGAUUUCUGACAGGAGAUACUGUAAAAAAUCAAAGAGAAAAUCAUGUUGCCAAAUUAUUAACCAAAAAAACUGACCAAAAAAAUGGAAAAAUUACAACAUUAUGCUCAUUUAUGGAUACACAUACAUUAUGUCAAUAAUCCUUUUUUAUGUAUGUUAAACUCAAGAAAAAGUGAAUAGAAGUUCAAACUUUCAGUUAAUGUUUUUAUAGAAUGGAAAAAAUGAAGCGAGUUUAUUUUGUUUUGAUGCUUUUUUAAGUACGGCUGAUAAUGAGAUUACCUGUUCUUUGCUCAGAGGAGAUGGAGAAAAAAUGAGCAAAUUCUCCCGGCUGAUUGGUGCACCUCUAGUAGAGAUAGUUUAGUGCUGCCUUAUUUAUUUAUCAAAGCACUUUAAUAAAAACUCAAAUAUUUCCUUAAUGAAAUUAAUGUCACAAAGAGAUUCCAAGUGCCCCAAAGUCCUAAUGCCUUCAUUAAAGUUUGCCUCCUCAGAUGAUCUCCAUAAAAUGUUGAUUAUAACCUAAAUUCUGAUCAAAUAGAAUUAUAAUAGAAAAAUGUAUUUAAAAAUUAAUUUUGCCGUCAUGCAACAUAAGAUACUUUAAAUUAGGAUUUAAAAUCCAUAACAAAUGAUAACUUUGAGAAGAAAAGUUCAUAGUUUUCAAGUAUUUACCUCAAAAAUUUAAAAGCAAUGUAUGUUAUGAGCUAAAUGAUUUUAUUUAUAAUUAAAGUUUUAAAAAAAUAUUCCUACUGCUGCUAAAAAUACAUCAAAUGUAGAUAAUUAAUAUUUUUUAAAUAUAAUAUACCCUUAUAAAAACCUGUUCACCCACCUAAUCAUUUUCAUAGUACUCUAGUGGUCAGAUUAUAUAUUUUUUUUGCCGUUUCAGAGUCACUGCAGUAAUGCUAGGUGUAAAAAAUAUUGAUUUUAGCUAAAAAUUUGAGCUUUACUCUUA